AUGAUAAUAAUAGCCAUUAACAAACCCUCGGAGAAGAGGAUCCAAGAGAAGGAUCUAGAAACAAUUUUACAAGAGUCAAAUACUCAGAUAGGGGGUGAUCUGAACUCGAAACACCCGGCAUGGGGAAGCAGAAGCACGAACCCGAAUGACAGGAUUGUAUACAAAACUCUUAGCAAAAUCACAGGAGUCAAUUUCUACCGCCCUGAAGAUUACACCACAAUACUAGAAAACGGUACCCAAGGCGAUGUUAUAAAUUUCCUCAUAGGAUAUAGAACAAAGAAAAUACAGUCCACGCAAACGCUAAACCAUUUAUUAUCGGACCACUUCCCGGUCAUCAUAACAAUGAACACCCACCAACAACAAAAUACGAGAAACAAGAGAACAAAAACUGACUGGAUCAAAUUCCAAUACAUAAGCCACAAAAUAAGUGGGCAGCCCACACUGGAAAACCCAACGAAAAUAGACGAGGAGGCCCAAAAAAUCGAAUAG